UCAAGAAAACUAGUAAAGUCUAAAAAGUUCCGAGCAGACCGUGAACGCAGCAGCGUUAUCCAGCACCGGCGCUGAUUGAACACGGUGAGGUCGUCCACCAUCAUCCAGCUGCAGUCCAGACGAAUUAAAAAGCAACAAUGAAUGUCGAACAUGAAGUAAAAUUGCUGGUGGAGGAGAUUCAGCGACUCGGCACGAAAAAUGCUGACGGUCAAACCACCGUGAAGUUUGGGGUCUUGUUUAGUGACGACCGUUGUGCCAACAUCUUCGAGGCGUUGGUGGGCACCCUGAAGGCGGCCAAGAAGAGGAAGGUGGUCAGCUACCAGGCCGAGUUGCUUCUACAGGGCGUCCACGAUGACGUUGAGGUUGUCCUGCUAAAAGAAUGAGGCCAAAGUUUGGACCAGAUGAGCUUCUAACAACUGCGGAUCAUACUGAGUCCUUCCAAAAUACUGAGCUUCUGCAGUGUGUACCGGCUUGUGUUUUCAGUUCUCUUCCUUCAAUGUUUAAAAUUCAAACAUUAUGACCAAACAGAUUAGAUCAAACAGUACACUUAUAGACCCGGACGACAUGUCUGCUUAUGAUUUCAUUUGAUUUCACUGUGCCAAGCAGAUAUUAUGAAACUCUGAACGUCCACGUUCACAGUUUCAAAUGACAAGAAAAAGUUCUCUUUCUCAGGCGCUGCUUUUUUAUCAACCACGGGUCUGACAUGUCAUUUUGAUCCAUUUUUAAGACUAUAAACGCACAAAUCGGAAGUGUAAUAAUUUAUGUAAAGCAUUCAUUUGGGAUUCUUUUUUUGUUCAUUUCUAGAAAAAUUACAAACUAUCACGACCCAAUGCCUCUCAUGAUGGCAUCAGUGAUAGGAUAAAGGACACAAAGAACAAGAUACAAACUUCUUCUGUUUAAUUGAAGCACUCUGAUCUGGACAAAUUGUUGAUUUUUAAAGCUGCAUUAGGCUAAAAACAUGUAAUAUGUUAAAUAUUAUCGCAUUUAAUCUAGCUCAGCUUUAAGACAACAUUUACUGUUUACACGAGCCAUUCAUACUACCUCUUGUGGACUUUGUAAAAAAAAAAGAAAAAAAAAGAUCUUAUUAGACCAGUGCUUUUGGAAAACUAAAGAUCAGUUCCUUCGUAUGAAACUACAAAGACAAAGUGCAUUUUAAACAAAACUUUUGCACCUUUUUGUACUCGCUGCAGUCUGCUAGAGUAGUUUUUAUUCCAUCUUUUUUAUAAGCGGUCAACAAACUCCCGAGUUUUUCCUUUCGUAAAGAAGUAGCUGAUGAGCAAAUGGCAAAAUGGAUUUCUCGUGCAAUUUUUAUUAGUGUAUAAUUAUAGGAAGGGCGGGGGGGAUCGGUGCCAAAUGCAAAAGAUGAAUAAUGUUUAAUAGGUUUCUCAGGACCAAAUCGACACAACCAAAAUAUGUUUAUUAAUUGUCCUGUGGCUUAAAUUAGGUGUCUUACUUGCGACACGAUGUGCAUUUAUAGUUUUAUUAGUUUGUAAUUUUUUUUAUUUCACCACACUUUGUUCUGUACUGUAGGUCAAAUGAUACUUGCAGAUCAGGCGUGAACACUUUGUUUGGCUUCCCGCUAUGAAAACUCGUCACUUGUGGGUGUUUUAAUUGUGUCCGCAAAUGUCCAUUUUGCUAAAUGUCAGAACAUAUCCAGCUCAGUAUGGAGGCCCAAAGUGGUCCUAAUUAAAUAAAUAAUCAGACAUAAUGUGUAAUAGAACAUGAAAUUGUGAAAUAACGCAGUAUAUUUCUUAAAUUCAGCUUUUUUUUUUUUUUACAAGAACAUAUCAAGAUUUCAGCUCUUUUUAUUUCAAAAUAUCAUUUUCCCGAGGCAUGGAUACAGUUACAUGAUUGGCUGUUUGUCUCAUAUAGAUCAAAGCAACAGCCAAUCACCAACUGUCUCUGGCCUGGAUUGAGGGAAAAGUGCAUCAUGAAAUAUCAAUUAACAUUGCCUGAGCUAAAUAUAUUCGAUUAUUUAACAAUUUAAUGGUUAUAUUACACAUUUUGUCUGUUUUUAUUCACACAAUUUCUUUCAUAAUAUCUUGUUUUUUAAUUUAAUUUUGGUCAUCUUUCGGUCUCCAUAGCUUUGGCAGUUAUUUAGACGUGAGCAGAUGUGAUUUGUUUCGGAUACACAUCAGAGGGACCAACAGUCUUCAGAGUUUUUGCCUGAAUGUGACAGCUUUUUUUUUACAUCACAUUUAACAUCCACCUCGCCUCAUCUGCAAGUUUUAUAAGACCCGUUUCUCAUUCACUGCUGUCAUAUCAACCGAGCUAUAAUCUUACAGGUUCAGGUGUUUGCUGUUUGACUUGAAAUAUGUGUUGUUGUUUUUUUUGUUUUUCUUUUCUAAACCACACGACAGACUGUUCACUGUCUUUGUGACUGUUCUCUAAACGGUGUCAAAAUCAGGAAAACCGAACGAGCUUAUAUUGUAUUCUAAGAUCCGCUGUGUGAAAUGUAAUCAUCAGAAUACGAACAAUAAGCUGGUGUCGAGUUUGGAGAAGUUAUAGGAACAAGCGUGGCAAAGAAACACGCUGCUUGCAUAGAUGUCAUUUUGAAUUAUCCUGCUGUCGUUACACUGUAGUGAGUUUUAGGUGGCCGCCUGAACAUAAAUGCAAAUCACAGUACAAGAUUCAGUACAAGAGGAGAACAUUAUGAUCAGAGCAGUGCCAAUACCUCAAGCCAUUUCUGUGAACGAGUGGGAUGCCUGCAUGAUGUGUUCAAGUACGUCAUCACUGUCUUUUUGUAUUGGCAAUAACACAUUCCUAAAGGAACAGAGGUGUCUGUUACUGUGGGAUACACUCCAAGGAAUAAAACCUUCACACUUGAAGCCUUGAA